AUCUGGGACCCAGCCCCUCAGCCUCCUUCCUCCACGGCCCUCGGAGACCCUCUACCUCAUCUCUCCCGUACACUCGCACCCCAUCAGCUAGUCCUUACUCUUUGUAUUUCCUUCAUUAACCCUUCUUUUAUAGCUAGCCAUCUCUCCCCUCCACCCACCCACCCCUGCGCCUCCUUUUCCUAUGGACGUUAAGGAGAAGCCAGUUCUCCAGCUCUUCCUCUCCUCCUCCUUCUCCUCGAUCUUGGGCUUGGGGAAUGGGUGUUAUUUGUGGCAUCAUGUUCUUGGAGAAGCCCCCAUCUCUGUACCCCAGGAAGCAGUAAGGGUUUGGGGGCAGCCUUGAAAGGGCCAGUUCCUUCUGUCUCCAAUCCUCCCCUCCCUCUCUCCCCUCUAGGAGCCUCCCCCCCAUCCCUAGGAAGGAGGGUCAUGGAUGCUGUUGAACUGGCCUCAAGGGGAUUGAUUUCUGCCCCUGUGCACCCCACAGUCCAGUCCGUCUCCCUCGGCUUGGCUUGGUGCCCCCACCCCGGGAGAGGGGUGUGGAAAAAAGCAGCCACAGAGCCCAUGGAUCUCAGAACAUCGAGAACAAGCUGAGCAGCAUCGUCGCUGGGCGUCUAGGAAAACACAUGACACCUGCAGCCUUUGGAGGUUCCUAGACUCUUAGAGCUGGAGGAGACUUCCAGCGGUCAGCUGCUGUGCCAGGAGGAGCUCUGGCCACAUCACCCUCAGGGAGAGAGCUGCAUUAUCCUUCGGCAGAGGAGAGACUUUAACCUUCCUGGGAGAGGAAACUGAGGCGGAGAGAGGUUAAGUGAACAUGAUACUUUGGAGAGUCACAGAACAUUGGGGAAGCAUCAUAACCCUUCAGUGGAACAGCCUUGGGAAUAACCACUGCAUCUGAACAAGCCAUCCAACAUGUCCUGCCUGCUCUGCCGCGUGGCAUGCUGACCAUGAGCAUCAACUCCUCUCUCAGUCAAGGGAAGGAGCUCGCCGCCCUCCCAGGCCCGGAGGGAGAUGACGGGGCGGUCGCCGUCGCGGAGUCUGUCGCCAUCGUCGUCAUCGCCGUCUUCGUCUGCCUGGGUAACUCGGUGAUAGUAUUCACCCUGUACAAGAAGUCCUAUCUCCUGACACUCAGUAACAAGUUUGUCUUCAGCCUGACCCUGUCAAACUUCUUGCUGUCUGUGCUGGUGCUGCCAUUUGUAGCAACAAGCUCCAUCCGGCGGGAAUGGAUGUUUGGGGUGGUCUGGUGCCACUUCUCUGCGCUGCUGUACCUGCUGAUCAGCUCUGCCAGCAUGCUCACCCUGGGCGUCAUUGCCAUUGACCGCUACUAUGCUGUCCUUUAUCCCAUGGUGUACCCCAUGAAGAUCACCGGGAACCGGGCUGUGCUUGCCCUAAUCUACAUCUGGCUCCACUCCCUCAUUGGCUGCCUCCCUCCCUUGUUUGGCUGGUCAUCUGUGGAGUUUGAUGAGUUCAAAUGGAUGUGUGUAGCUGCCUGGCACCGGGAGGUUGGCUACACGGCCUUUUGGCAAAUCUGGUGUGCCCUGUUGCCCUUUGUGGUCAUGGUGGUUUGCUAUGGCUUCAUCUUCCGUGUAGCCAGGGUGAAGGCCCGCAAGGUCCACUGUGGUACGGUGGUCAUCGUGGAGGAGGAUGCCCAGAGAAAUGGGAGAAAAAACUCGAACACCUCCACCUCCUCUUCAGGCAGUAGGAGGAACACUUUCCAAGGUGUGGUCUACUCUGCCAACCAGUGCAAAGCGCUCAUCACCAUCUUGGUAGUGAUUGGUGCAUUCGUUGUCACAUGGGGCCCCUACAUGGUCGUCAUCACGUCCGAAGCCCUCUGGGGCAAGAACAGUGUGUCUCCUGCCUUGGAGACGUUAGCCACGUGGUUAUCCUUCACCAGUGCCAUCUGCCACCCUCUCAUCUACGGACUUUGGAACAAGACAGUGCGCAAAGAAUUAUUAGGCAUGUGCUUUGGAGACCGGUAUUACCGAGAGCCGUUUGUUCAGCGACCAAGAACUUCCAGGCUGUUUAGCAUCUCCAACAGGAUUACAGACCUAGGACUGUCUCCACACCUUACCGCCCUCAUGGCAGGAGGACAGCCUCUGGGGCACAGCAGCAGCACCGGGGACACUGGCUUCAGCUGCUCUCAGGAUUCAGGGACUGAUGUGAUGCUACUUGAAGAUUACAGUUCUGAUGACAAUCCUCCUUCGAGAUGCACUUGCCCUCCCAAGAGACGCAGUUCAGUGACGUUUGAAGAUGAAGUAGAACAAAUGAAAGAAGCUGCCAAAACCUCUAUUCUCCACGUGAAGGCUGAAGUACACAAGUCCCUGGACAGCUAUGCAGCCAGUCUGGCCAGAGCCAUCGAAGCGGAUGCCAAGAUUAGCUUGUUUGGGGAGGAGGCUCUGCCUGGAGUAUUGCUGGCAACUCGGACUAUGCCAGGGGGAGGCUUUGGGGGCCGCCGAGGCAGUAGGACUCACACUAGCCAGAGGCUGCAGCUGCAGAGCAUUGAGGAAGGGAACAUUUAACUUUAGGGCCAUCAGAGAGAGGGACCAGAGAUACCACUCAGGGGCAAGGGUUAGAGAUGUCAUUCCACAUGAUGCCAAGAAAGCAAGACCCUUCUCCAAGGAAGCUGUGGCCCUGGGUUGGCACAGUUUUGAAGGGACUACGUGGGGGGUGGGGGGGAAUCAGCUAACGUACUAGCACCAAAAAAAAAAAGGAGAGAAAAGACAAAAGUGCUACAUUUGGGAAAACAUUUAGGCUCAUUGUUAUAUUGUAGCCACUCUUCUAGGUUCUAGUAACUUUUUUCCCUGAGGCCAGCCGAGACACAUAGAUAAACAGGUGGAUAACAGGUAAACAACAUGGUUCUGUUGUAUUUUGAGAGGACAGUGUUACCAGGUCCACAAAGUUGGGGCAGAGAAGUUUAAAUGCAGCACAAAGUCAUCUUAUUGAACAAGCUGCUUUACUCAUCACCUUCUUGACCCAGGAACCCUCAUAGUAGGUUGGACCAUGAACCUUAGAGAGAGGUAAAUGCACUUUGUAGGAAGGACAUCCUUCUACAUUGUUCCCAAGGGCAUCAGGUUGGUGUCUUGUUCUUUGGGUUGGCAUGUGUUCUUGGAUCUAUGUGCAGUGAUUCCGGUCUGUGCUGGGAGAAAAGAAAAUCAGAGAGCCUGUCUAGCAGAAGGCCCAGCACAUGAAGAAUCAGAGUCGAAGAGCUGGCACCCAGGCCAUCCACCUGUUUGGCUUGUGGGUGGCUGUUGCUGAAAUUAUAGGUGGGCCUGGUCAGAGGGAAGUGAGUUUAUCCUUGCCAGAGAGCAGAUCAUUCACUGAGGACCAGGCUGUUGAUGUUCUCACCCAAGGGUGUUUGUAUUUCAAAAGAAGGGGAAAACCACUAUUCAUAUGAAAGAGGAAGGGUCAUGGACCUUGUGUUUUAGAUUGAAAACUUUCAGAAUAGGUUAAUUACAGAGACUUAGUAAGGAGAAUAGUAUUUAGCACAACUAUACAAUGCAGCUCUUAUUUUUAUUCGGGGAUGAAAUUAUCCUCCCAAGUGAAGGCUUCGUUGAGUGGACUUCUAUUUGUGAUAUUAUAAGUGAUCUUAGAACAGGGUCUUCUUGGGGACUAGGACUAGAAAAGAAUUAAUGGUCCAAAAAGCUAGUCACUGCCGCUCAAGAUCUACCCUCCAGAACUUUGUGGUCGUUUUUCUUUCACAUUGAAGAAAAGAAUGGAUACAGAGUCAGGGAACAGUAUUUGACUUUUUUUAAAAAAAAGUUACGGCAUAUACAAGGAAGGGAUGACCUGGGCCUUUUUUCAGUUUACCUUUCCACUUGUUUCAUAGUCCCCAACGGAAUACCAGCCAACAGGAAAUGUAGGAGAAAAGGGCCUGAAUUAUAAAGAGUUCUUCAGAAUCCAUGAACUUCUUAGGUCAGAUUUUUCUUAACUUUAUCUUGGAGGUUUGGGCUGAAGAUGACCAUAGGGUCCUAAUUGAACUGAAGAUUCCAGAAAAAUCUCUUCCUUCCCUAUCACCUUCCCUUUGACCUGGAUGGGGUAGCAUUAUUCUAGGCUGAAUAAAAUCCAUUUGUGAUUUGGGGUUUUGGGUUGACUGUGACUGAGAGACAGCAUGGUAUAGUGGAUAGAGAGCUGGCUUAGAAACCAGGAAGACUGGAUUCUAGUCCUGCUUCUGACACAUACUGGCAAUGUGACCCUGAACAAGUCACUUCCUCUCUUAAUGCUCUAAGCAACCCUCUAAGACUGUGAGUUUCAGAGAAGAUGCCAUCCUGCAUUGGUAGAGGGAAUUUCCCAUCCCAGGAUUUGCCUACACUUAAGAAAUCACAGGUCCAGACUCUAUCUCUUUGACUAGCUAAGUCUUAAAGUGGUCCAGGUAUACCUGAUUUCAAGUAGCCACUCUCCAAAGUUCUCUGUCCUCAUGACACUUCCAUUUGGGGCAAGCAUUCUACUUUUUAGGCGUUCAUAGCAUUCACUCUGUAGAGCAAUAGUGUAAAUAGAAAGCAUCUUUAGUUGCGUUUUGUAAGAGGCCUUAUGAUAUUGGCCCACAGUGUAAUCUUGACAUUCUCCUAUUUCAAGAACGAGGCCCUUGUUAACAUUUACCAAAUUAAUACCCUCUUGUGUCAGAUGAAGACAAGGGUAUUGUGCUUGGCAAAUUGGAAAAUGGCAAGAAGGCUUCCAAACAGGAGAGCAGAGUUGCGGUCUCAAAGAUGUUGAACCAGCUGCAACUAUGGGCUGACUCUAACAGGAUGAAAUUGAUUAGAAAUCAAUGUGACAUUCUUCUCUUGGGUAUAAAAAAAAGAAAUCAGGUGUAUCAUGAGGGAGGUCUGGCUAGACUAGGGAUUGCAUGAAGAGUCAAGGGAUUGAGCAGAUGACAAGUUGAGUGUGCCAUGUGCCACUGGCAGCCACAGAAGGCUAUUGCAAUCAUAAAGAACAUUCAGUGAAACCUCGUGUCCAAAAUGAGGAGUUCAUAGGAUCAGACCUAGAAUUUGAAAGGACUACAGAAGCUUUCUAGUCCAAUAACCUUAUUUUACAGAUGAGGAAACUGAACCUCAAGGAACUUAAAUGACUUAAUAGUAAUAGUAAUAGAGGUGGAAUUUGAACCCGGGUUCUCUGUCUCCAGAGCAGUGCCAUUCAUAGGUCUACUGUACUCUAUACUGGUCAAGCUACAUGUGGAGUCUUGAGUUCGGUUCUGAGUUAUGAAGGCCCCUGACAAAUUAAAACAAGUUGAGAGGAAGGAGACCAGGGUAGUGAGAGGCCAUACAAUCAUUGAUUCAAGACCCUAGGUAUAAUUUGCUUGGAAGAGAGGAGGCUUUUAGGGAGGAUAUGACUUACCUUCAGGUAUCAGGCAGCCGUGUUAGAAGAAUGAUUAUACUUGUGAUCAGCCCUGAAGGGCAGAAUGACAAGCAAUGAGUAGAUGCUGCAGAGAAUAUAUUUAGGUUCGAUGUAAAGAAAAACAUUUUGGGCAGCUAGAGCUUAUCCAAAAAUGGAAUGGGCUCAGUUAGGAAAUAGUGAGUUCCCCAUCAUUAGAGGUGUCCAAGUAGAGACUGAAUGACUUGUUAGAGAUGCUGUAGAGGAGAUUCCUGUUCAAAUGGUCCUGAAAUCCCAACUCUGAGGACUUGAAAUUCACUUCUAGGUGCAGGGAUGGGGUAUACACAUGCAUGACCAAGAGAAAGAGAUUCCUUUCUUUUCACCCCCAAGGAAGAAAGGAACUCAACUGUCAGAUGUUUUUGUAAGAUUUGAAGGUUCAUCAGAUCUUUGAAUCUCCUACCCACCUGUCAAUUUGUAAUUCCCGAUAGCAGGAAAAGGUUUUGUUUCUUUCUGAAACUUCCCUGUCCUCACAUCCCCCCCAGAAUUCACCUGAGACAGUAUUUAUAAGGGACACGCGCGCGCGUGCACACACACACACACACACGUAUAUAAAGCCAUUAGGGACAUAAGGAUGAGACUGGGGCAAGUGACAGAGGAUGAGGAGAUAGUCCCUGACUUUUCACCACUGUCCCCCAUGUUGAGCCCAGCUGCUGGGAGAGGGAAGGGUGCCAGGGAAGAACAUGGCAGAUCAUUUGCCAGGGUUACCUUGGCUUUUUUCAGUGCAUCAAGAGAAGUUUUAGAAGUUGGGUGGUUUAGGAUGCCUUUUCCCUGAGUGGCUAAAGCUCCAGGGGAAAAUGUCCUUGGAAACUAGCCCAUUCCCUGUGAGCUGAUCUGUAGCUAACUGGCCAGUAUUGAGAUUCAUCUUGUGAAUCGCCCUGUCUUCAGUUUAGUUUCUACAAACUUGCCAGGUACUUUGUAUUAUUGCCUUGUAAAUUACCUUAUCCAAGUUAAUUGAGAAAGUGUGCUCUGAGGUAAAUCCUAAUGUUCCCUUUUGUGUCUAGAAGUAUCUGAGCUAAGAGAAUUUCAUGUAAAACACCUGUCCACCUAGUGGAGAUGUCAAAAACAAAAAUCAACCCCCACUUCUCUCUGCCCCACCCCCCAAAAAAGCAACAACCUGUCCCAGUUCAGUUGAGAUUCCUGGCCACAUUAACUCCGUCCAAGCCAGAGGUGUCACUGCUGGAAUGGGAAAAUCUUUCAUGUGAAGAUAGAAAGCUAUUAAUCUUCUAGUUGUCUGACUAAUAACUUCAGUCCUGACCCCAAGGUUGCUGCCUUCUCAUGGUAAUGCAGGGUACUUCGAGGGCUGUUAACCACCCUCGCUGCUUUCUCCCUGUUCAUUCUGUAUUGAAGCCUUAGGGCUUCAAUGUGUUUAGGUCUAAAAGAUCAUCCAGUGUUACCUGUGUCUAGGAACAAGAGCAUCAUAUGCUGGGGGUUGUUGGGGUAUUUGGGGCAAGCAGUUGAUAUCUGGAGGACCUGCUAUCAACCUCACCAUCUGAAGCAAUAGAUGCUGAAAGUUGUUGGUAUGGAAAUUGUCACAGUUAUCUUUGUUGAAAGAAUGUCUGGGCUUAGGAGGAGGGAUUAGGAUAGUGGGUGCCAUUUUGAGGGAGAGAAGACAAGGAUAUAGCAUAAAUCAACCAUGCAGAGAAUUACCAAAAAAAAGUGCCCUACUCAAGCUUCCUAGCCUGGAUAGUAUGGAAAGAAUGCAGCGCUUGACAUGGUUAUGGGCCUGGAUAGGAGGAAAUUUAUCAGCCAAGCUUUAUAUGCCCCAGGAAAAUCCAUUGGCCAGUAUUUUCUUUGUUUCAUACUCCCUUUGGAAGUUGAUGGUCACUUUGUGCUUUAGGAAGGAAAGGCUAAAAAUUCAGCACAUGAAGCCUGGUGAUGAACACCAAGGUGCAUCAUUCUUCCAAGCUCUAA